AUGUCGCCACCCACAUAUCCAGCGGCCUUUCUGGCGGAGGAUCGUCGCCAGCCGGCGAUCAUCGGCAUGGUCACUGUCACAGUUCUCUCGUUCAUUGUUGUGUGCGUUCGUCUAUAUGCUCGAGGUUAUUUGAUUCAUGAACUAGGACGGGAUGAUGUUGCAAUUGUGCUUGCGCAGUUGGUCAGUUGGAUAGUCUUGGGCCUAUCGUCGAUGGUCAUCCAAUAUGGCUCUGGUCGACAUCUCGCGGCAUUGAUGAAGACCCCAGACACGUUGGUCCAUAUGUACAAGUGGCUCGUCGGGGCUCAACUCGUUUAUAUGUUCAAUCUUUGGCUGUGCCGGAUCUCAGGUCUUGCCUUCUAUGCUCGUCUCAACAAUAUGCCGCGAUUCACCCUUUAUCUUGGUAUAUCCUUCGUGUUUGUAACGGCUGUGUACGUGGCGCAAACACUGAUCAUUGCUCUGCAGUGUGUGCCUCUCGCUGCGCUGUGGGGUGGUGCAGAGGGUAAAUGCAUAGGAUCGGAGGCUGUAUUUAUUUCGACUUCUGGCCUCACCAUCGCUUGUGAUUUGCUUAUAUUGCUGUUGCCAAUGAGGAUUAUUUUUUCGCUGCAAGCAAAGCUAGCAAUAAGGAUAGCGCUGGCGGUUGUACUUUGCAUGGGUAUUUUAACAUCCAUUCUUCGAAUGGUAUCCAUGAUUGUCGCCCUUCAAAAUCCGGAAGAUGCAACGUGGUACUUCUCUGUUGUGAUGGCAUGGUCUUGCACAGAAAUCAGUACCGCCAUCAUUGCUCUUUCUAUUCCGGCGUUGCGCACUUUAUUCGGAAUCUUAGAGCAGAACCGCUCGACGAAAGACCAGGAUGACUCAAAUGAUACGGUAUCCAUUGGUCUUCGAUCGAUUCCUUGGCCAGCAAAGCGACGAGUAUUCGAGGGUUCUCAUGUUUAUGCGACAAAGACGACAGCUGAAGUCGACCCUGAACGAAAUCCAAGUCAGGAGGCACUUUGGGACACCAAGGAUAUGCAUGAAAUUCGAAUUAUCGACACGGUUCACGUGGAUUAUGACAGGCCACGAUUCAUUUAG